GCAUUAGCUGAAGACUGGAGUCACUGAGCAGCGAGGAUAUCAGAGCUUCCAUGAAGAGUGUGACGAGACACAUCUGUUGGAUAUCUUGGCUACUGCUCCAUGUUGGACCUGCUACAUCAAUGUUCUUUCUUUUUAAUGGGCAAAAUAAUAAUGGCAGUGUCAGCAAUAUUUGCCGUUCUCAGUCUUUAAUUGCUUGAGGCAUUUGGAAUUCAAUAAUAGACAUUACGCCUAUAUAUAUAUAUAUUCUUUCUGUAUUUAAUACAACAGGACGUACACUAACUAUCUGGAUCACACACACAUACUUCUGGGAUGUGGUCUUGUUUUAAAAACUUCUUCACUUAUGAAACCACGAAGUCAGUGGUCGUGAAGAGCUGGACCAUCGGCAUCAUCAAUCGCGUCGUCCAACUCCUCAUCAUCGCUUACUUCGUUGGGUGGGUGUUUCUCUAUGAGAAGGCAUACCAGGUGAGGGACACAGCGAUUGAAUCCUCAGUUAUGACCAAGGUCAAAGGUUUUGGAAUCUACAAUAACAAGGUCAUGGACGUUGCAGACUACGUCACACCUACACAGGGAGCUUCUGUGUUUUGCAUCAUCACUAAAUUGAUCACUACAGAGAACCAAGUCCAAGGAUACUGUCCUGAGAGUGAGAAGAAGUAUAACUGUGUCCACGACGAUAAUUGCACAAAACACCUCAACAGACUUGGAAGUUAUGGAAUUCUUACGGGGAAAUGUGUUCCUUUCAAUUCCACUCUCAAGAUGUGUGAGAUUAAAGGGUGGUGUCCGGCCGAGAUCGACACCAUAGAAACUACACCAAUGUUGGAAGUGGAAAAUUUCACCAUCUUCAUCAAGAACAGCAUUCGCUUCCCAACUUUCAACUACACUAAAGGGAACUUCCUCCCCACAAUCACCAACGAUUACAUCAAAAAGUGUAACUUUGACAUGGUCAACAACACCUACUGUCCUAUAUUCAGGGUGGGAGAUGUUGUCCGCUAUGCACAGCAAGACUUCGGCAACCUGGCAAAAAAGGGAGGAGUGAUUGGGAUAAAAAUUGGUUGGAACUGCGAUCUUGACAAGUCCGACGACCACUGUAAUCCCUCCUACUCAUUCACCAGACUGGAUGCCAUGUCACAGAAGAACGCUGUCUCACCUGGCUACAAUUUCAGGUUUGCAAAAUAUUAUAAAAUGGAGAAUGGGACAGACUACCGUACUCUGGUCAAAGCCUAUGCCAUUAGGUUUGAUGUUCUGGUCAAUGGAAAUGCAGGAAAGUUCAACAUGAUUCCAACACUUAUUAACAUGGUGGCAGCAUUCACCUCCGUGGGAGUGGGCACAGUGUUGUGUGACAUCAUACUGCUGAAUUUCCUGAAGGGUGCGGAGCAGUACAAAGCCAAGAAAUUUGAAGAGGUGUCCGACAGCCCUUUGGAAUCCCACAGCAACGGGUUGUAUCGCUCUCAGCUGUCACUCAGACAAACCGUCAUGAGGUCCAGCGACUCUGGGGCAUUUUCUAUUGAACAUUACACAUAAUUGACCAGAGUAACAAGGAUAGUUUAACAUUUUAGGUUCUGUAGUUUUGACUCAUUCGGACCUCUCUUCAUUCCAUAGGCAGCCCCAUGUUUAAAUGUGAACACGAUACAAAAUAAGUAACAGCAUGAGUGCCUUUGCAUGGUGACAUUUAGCAGCGCAGGGUUUUCUGAGCUUGUCUUUGCAAACACUAACAGCUCCUUUGAAGUUUCUAAUCCAAUAUAUUUAUUCAAAGUAAGCGAGAUGUACAGUAAGAGUGUGUGGAUACAAUAUAUUUGUGCAUGACAUAAACUAUUUCAAAAAUCAAUCUUUGAAAUAUAUCAUAUCAAUAUAUCAAUAAUAAAAUUUGUGUAUUCUCUCCUGCUC